AGAGGAGGGGGGAGAGAUGAUGGGAGAGGAGGGAGGAGAGAUGAUCAGUGUGAUGCACAGCUGCUGUGAGAAGCUGCUUCCAAAGAGUGUUUGCCGCUGCUGUGUUAUCCUCCUCCAUCUUCCAUUGGGCUCUGCUGAAGUUCCCCCACACACACAAAGUAUGGAGGCCAAACCACAGGAGGUGGGACCCCUGAGCCUGCUGCCCCCGGCCGUCUGCCCGCAUGCGGUCCACUGAGAGCAUGGAGCCCGAGAAAGCUCACACCCAGAGCAGCUUCUUCCACAAGGUGGACGUACCCGACCACGCUCACUACAUCGUGGCCGCGUGCAUCCUGGUGAUCGGCACGCUGGGCGUCGCGGGCAACGCCUUGGUGAUGUACGCUUUCUACAGCAACAAAAAGCUCCGUAACCUGCCCAACUACUUCAUCAUGAACCUGGCUGUCAGUGACUUCCUCAUGGCCUUCACGCAGUCGCCCAUCUUCUUCAUCAACUGCCUCUACAAAGAAUGGGUCUUUGGAGAAAUGGGCUGUAAGAUGUAUGCGUUCUGCGGCGCCUUGUUCGGCAUCACGUCCAUGAUAAACCUCCUCGCCAUCUCCAUCGACCGCUACCUGGUGAUCACCAAGCCGCUGCGGGCCAUCCAUUGGAGCUCCAAGCGAAGGACCACGCUGGCCAUCAUCACCGUCUGGCUGUACUCGCUGGCCUGGAGUCUGGCUCCUCUUGUGGGAUGGAGCUCUUACAUCCCCGAGGGCCUGAUGACAUCGUGCACAUGGGACUACGUCACGUACACGUUGGCCAACAGAAGCUACACCAUGAUGCUGUGCUGGUUUGUCUUCUUCAUCCCGCUCUUGAUCAUUUUCUACUGCUACCUCUUCAUGUUUCUUGCUGUCAGGAGAACUAGCAGGGAGGUCGAGAGACUUGGGACCCAAGUGAGGAAAUCCACAUUAAUCCAGCAGAAAUCCAUCAGGAGCGAGUGGAAGCUGGCCAAAAUCGCCUUUGUGGUCAUUGUGGUUUAUGUCCUCUCGUGGUCGCCGUACGCUUGCGUCACGCUGAUUUCCUGGUCUGGGCAUGCGAACAUCUUAUCGCCGUACUCCAAAGCUGUACCUGCAAUCAUCGCAAAAGCCUCCGCUAUCUACAAUCCAUUCAUCUAUGCCAUCAUUCACAAUAAAUACAGGAUGACGCUGGCAGAAAAGUUUCCCUGCUUGUGGUUUCUGUCCCCCGUCCCUCGGAAGGAUUGCGCCUCCUCCUCCAUCAGCGAGUCCUCCUUCAGGGACUCUAUCAUCAGUCGCCAGUCCACAGCGUCCAGGACUCACUUUAUUAGCAGGUCCUCGAAACUCACUGACAGGGUACUGAGGGACGUGGAAAUGGAGCCUUUAGGCGGGAGGUGCGGUGAUUCCUUCCGGAGCGUGUCGUCCUACCACCAGCCCAGCAGAGGCAAUUCCUGCAGGAUGCAAUCACAGCGGAGGACCACCCACAAAAUGGGCAAACAUCCAUGUACCGUGAGUGAUUCAUCCAGCAGCUGUGAGCAUGAACUGGUUUCUAGCACUCUCACCAGCGCCACUCUCCCCCUACUAGUUCUUACCAGGAGGCGGAGUUGCAGUCUGACCCUUAGGAACUCAGGGCGGGACGCCCUUCCCGGCCUCAAGAGCAACUCGGCCGACUCCCUUAGCGUUGGAAGUGUCCCAGCUGCCGAGUCGCAGACGCAACACGGAGUCCCUCGCAUUGUCGUCAUCAGUCCCACGUCUGAAAGCAGACUGGUGCAGCAGGACAGCCUCUGCCUGGACGAGGUGAUGGAGAACAAUGUUUUUGUCAGCCUCAACUUCUCAUCAGAGGUCUUGGAGGCGGUGGAGCUGCUAUCCUGACCUGUCCAUGGACUCGAUUUGACCCCAUAAAGCUCUUUUCCCCUCCUCAUGUCACACACUUCAACACGCCCCUACCCUUUCUCUCAAGACCUCUAUCCAAUCACAGACUGGAGCCUACUGCAGCUGACUUUGGCAACACAGACUACAUCCUAUGGCAUGAAACUCAGCUAUGUGAAUCAAAACUUCAAGCCCUGAUGAACCGUUUGAAUGUCUCACUACCUUCCCUGAAAUGAGAUUGUGAACAUCUAGUCGUCGCGAGGUGGCUCUGGGAUGUGUUAGGAAAAAGUGGCACGUAUCUCUCUUCUGCAAAACCCCUUCAAACAUGAACAAGUCCACCCAGAUGUACCAAUGCCAUACCAUCCCUACUUCAAUUAUGAAGCCCUUUAAAGGCCUACUGAAAUGACAUUUUUUUAUUCAAACGGGGAUAGCAGAUCCAUUCUAUGUGUCAUACUUGAUCAUUUCGCGAUAUUGCCAUAUUUUUGCUGAAAGGAUUUAGUAGAGAACAACGACGAUAAAGGUCGCAACUUUUGGUCGCUGAUAAAAAAAAAGCCUUGCCUAUACAGGAAGUAGCGUGACGUCACCGGAGGAAGGACUCCUCACAUUUUCCCAUUGUUUACAAUGCAGCGAGAGAGAUUCGGACCGAGAAAGCGACGAUUACCCCAUUAAUUUGAGCGAGGAUGAAAGAUUCGUGGAUGAGGAAAGUGAGAGUGAAGGACUACAGUGCAGUGCAGGACGUAUCUUUUUUCGCUCUGACCGUAACUUAGGUACAAGGGUUCAUUGGAUUCCACACUUUCUCCUUUUUCUAUUGUGGAUCACGGAUUUGUAUUUUAAACCACCUCGGAUAUUAUAUCCUCUUGAAAAUGAGAGUCGAGAACGCGAAAUGGACAUUCACAGUGACUUUUAUCUCCACGACAAUACAUCGGCGAAGCUCUUUAGCUACGGAGCUAACGUGAUAGCAUCGGGCUUAAAUGCAGAUAGAAACAAAAGAAAUAAAUCCCUGACUGGAAGGAUAGACAGAAAAUCAACAAUACUAUUAAACCAUGGACAUGUAACUACACGGUUAAUUCUUUCCAGCCUGGCGAAGCUUAACAAUGCUGUUGCUAACGACGCCAUUGAAGCUAACUUAGCUACGGGACCUCACAGAGCUAUGCUAAAAACAUUAGCUAUCCACCUACGCCAGCCAGCCCUCAUCUGCUCAUCAACACCCGUGCUCACCUGCGUUCCAGCGAUCGACGGAGCGACGAAGGACUUCACCCGAUCAUCGAUGCGGUCGGCGGCUAGCGUCGGAUAGCGCGUCUGCUAUCCAAGUCAAAGUCCUCCUGGUUGUGUUGCUGCAGCCAGCCGCUAAUACACCGAUCCCACCUACAACUUUCUUCUUUGCAGUCUUCUUUGUUCAUUAAACAAAUUGCAAAAGAUUCACCAACACAGAUGUCCAGAAUACUGUGGAAUUUUGAGAUGAAAACAGAGCUUUUUUGUAUUGGAUUCAAUGGGGUACCAAUACUUCCGUUUCAACGAUUGACGUCACGCGCAUACGUCAUCAUAGACGUUUUCAACCGGAAGUUUAGCGGGAAAUUUAAAAUUGCACUUUAUAAGUUGACCCGGCCGUAUUGGCAUGUGUUGCAAUGUUAAGAUUUCAUCAUUGAUAGAUAAACUAUCAGACUGCGUUGUCGGUAGUAGUGGGUUUCAGUAGGCCUUUAAAAUUUAUCAACAAAACCUCAAAAGCUUCACAAUUUAGCGUCAAAUUUAACAUCAAUCGGAUCAGCGUUCAAAGAGGAAUUUGUUUAAGUACGACCUGUACAAAUGUGAGACAAUUGCAGAGCGCCAGUGGCACGAACCUGAUUUAUGUGAAGUGCUACACUAGCAAUCAAAACCUCUAGCACCGAUGAACCGUUUGAAGUUCUCAUUAGAGCUCCUGGAAUGAAACUGUGAAUGUAUGAUUGACUCACUUCUGGUCGUCACUAGGUAGCGCUGGGAUGUAUUAGAAAAUGUCUCUCUUCUGCAGAACACCUUCACUAUGCACAAGAAGUAUGGUUAAGGUCUGACCAUGUGAAGCUUGACUAUGUGUUUUGUGUUUUUGGGCAAAAGACCAAACUUGGCCACCCAGAUGUACCAUACCAUACUAUAUAAUACCAUACCAUUCCAUACCAUACCAUACCAUGCCAUGCAAUGCCAUACCACCCUACCAUACCAUGCCAUGCCAUAUAAUACCAUACCUUAUAAUACCAUACUAUUCCAUACCAUACCAUACCAUACCAUACCAUACCAUACCAUGCCAUGCAAUGCCAUACCAUACCCUACCAUACUAUACCGUACCAUGCCAUACCAUACCAUAUAAUACCAUACCAUACCAUACUUUAUUUAUAAAGCACUUUAAAAAUGUUGCAAUUAAGCUUCGACCAUUGGUCCAUUUCAUGUGAACCAGCUCGAAUCAGUACUCAAGGAGGAGUUUGUUAAAGUACAACAUGUAAAAAUUACCAAAAUUACAUGAAAAUGGUAAAAAAAAAAAGACUAACUUUAUGUAUAUUUUACAGCAUGGAUUCUUAAGGCGUCUUUGCGUGCCCGUCAGGAUACACACCACAUUCCAGGUGAAAAUGGUCAAUAAACAAGUCAUCAAUACUGAACUUUGCAAUGGAUUUUCCCUGCAAAGACUUUGGCACAGCACUCUAUAUAAAAGACUGGAUUGCUUCGCUCUAUUCUUGAGGCUUUUGACACUGAAUUUCCAUCCAGGGAAUUUGGAUUGUUUUGAUAAAAUGUGCUGAACAUGUGAAAUAUACGGUAUUGUUGUUAUCGCUAUUUUUGCCAAUUUUGGAACUUUUUCCGAUAGACAGUCAUUAGUAGGUUAUUGGGACUGAAAUUAAUUUAAUUGUAUUUGUGAUGUCUUCUAAUGUUGUGCCCGUUCUGUGAAUGCUGUACACAAACUCCCCAUAAACCCCUUUUUUUAUAUGCAGUAAAAAAUAAAAUUGCGUUAUAUUGAC